CCCACUAUAAAGAGUUCAUUUCAAAUGAUAGUAUAGUUCUCCAGUCGUUCGCAAGGUCAUGGUCGCACCUCCAACUGAUCAAUUCCUCGGUAAUUCCCAAGAAUUUUUUGCAUCAAUCUCGGCUCAAUAAAAUUGGAAAUAAAAUUUUUAUAUCAUUGAGUGUCAUCGGUAUCCCCGUGGACUUUCCUCCAUUAGAAUUCCCCUUGAUUAGAGUGGAAAGAAAAAUUGAUGGGUGUCGUUAGUGUGCGAAUAAGGUGAGUCAACUUCUCGAUGGAGAGGAAAAUACGGAGUCGUGAUGACAGUGACAUAGAAACAAAAAUAGUCAACAAAAUUAUCUGACAAUAGCUAUUUACGCCACUGGGCUACAUUAACGAAUGAAUUACCAUAUAACAAGACUGGACUUCCUCGGAGGAGAGUGUCGUGACGAUAAUUACCUCACCACAGAGAGUUUCACAAAAUCAAUUGUUAUUCUGAUGGUAUCCCUUGGAUUACGGUUAGCUGAUGCUCCACACAUACAUAGAACACUAAUGAAAUUUUGAGGAUUUGCUGCGGGUAUAGCUGGGGAAUCGAGGGGUUUGGGCUGUCAGUUGUGUGGAGAGUCUCGUUAGAGACAACUCAAUUGAAUAUUUGGUGUUCUCCAUUCGAUUAGAGUCAAUUUAAUUGACUAGUGGGAUUUGCGAAGAGAGAAAUAGCUUCUGGAAAAUAUUGCGAGGAUUGUCAGAAUAGAUAAUGGGUGUCGAGUCGACACUAGCUACUGCCCUUGGAACGGUCUCCGGUGGUGUCGGAUGGUUCUUCCCGGCCUUGGCAAUGGCCCUUGCCUACUUUCAGUACGAAGUUAUGGAUAAAGAAUCACAACCUAUCGAUAUGCCGACUGAACUGCUCCUCCCGUCAUAUGAUUUCAUUGUUGUUGGAGCUGGAUCUGCGGGGGCAGUUGUCGCCAGUCGCUUAUCGGAAAUAGAAAAAUGGAAUGUUUUAUUAUUGGAAGCCGGUGGUGAUGAAACCGAAAUAUCAGAUGUCCCGCUUCUGGCUGGUUAUUUGCAACUAACGAAACUCGAUUGGAAAUACAAAACUGAGCCCCAAGGAGAUGCGUGCCUAGCGAUGGAAGGGGGCAGAUGCAAUUGGCCUCGAGGGAAAGUUCUGGGUGGUAGUAGUGUCCUUAAUUACAUGCUGUAUCUCCGUGGCAACAGAAAGGACUACGACCUCUGGGAGCAGCAGGGAAACCCCGGCUGGAGUUCGAAGCACGUGCUCCACUACUUCAAGAAGUCCGAGGACAAUCAGAACCCCUAUCUCGCCAAGACAAUUUACCACUCGACAGGUGGGUACCUGACAAUCCAGGAGGCACCCUGGAGGACACCCUUAGCUACCGCCUUCGUGGAGGCCGGCCAGGAGAUGGGAUAUCAGAUCAGGGACAUCAACGGGGCACAUCAGAGUGGCUUCAUGAUCGCCCAGGGUACCAUCAGGGGCGGCAGCAGGUGCUCCACGUCCAAAGCCUUCCUUCGACCUGCACGACUCCGUCAAAAUCUUCACGUCGCACUCAACUCUCAAGUCACCAAAGUGCUGAUUGAUCCCAAUACGAGACGAGCGUACGGAGUGGAGAUGGUGCGCGGUGGCCAGAUGUACAGAAUUCGAGCGAGUAAAGAGGUGAUUCUUUCUGGAGGUUCAGUGAAUUCCCCCCAAAUCCUGAUGCUCUCUGGAGUGGGCCCCAAGGACCACCUCGAGCAGCACGGAAUUCCAGUGAUCCAGAACUCAGCCGUUGGUGAUAAUCUCCAGGACCACGUGGGCCUCGGUGGCCUGACGUUUAUGGUUAACCAGGAGGUGUCGAUGGUGGAGAGCCGACUCCACAGUGUCUCCGCGGUGAUGAGAUACGCCGUCUUCGGCGACGGUCCCCUGACUGUCCUCGGUGGUGUUGAGGGUCUCGGCUUUGUCAACACCAAGUACGUGAAUGCCUCCGACGAUUUUCCAGACAUCGAGCUCCACUUCAUAUCGGGAUCAACCAAUUCCGACGGUGGAAGACAGAUAAGAAAGGUCCACGGCUUGACCCAGAGCUUCUACAACGCCGUCUUCGGAAAGAUCAGCAACAAAGACGCUUGGAGUGUGAUUCCAAUGUUGCUACGGCCCAAGAGCAGGGGCCUGAUAAGACUCAGGAGCAAGAGUCCCUUUGAUCAUCCCCUGAUCUAUCCGAAUUAUUUCAAAGAACGUGAGGACAUGGACACCCUCAUCGAGGGGGUGAAGAUCGGAGUGGCUCUGAGCAGAACAGCUGCCUUCAGGAAGUACGGGAGUGAGUUGAAUCCCCAACCAUUCCCCGGCUGCGAGAGGAUCCCUCUGUACACCGAUUUGUAUUGGGAGUGCAUGAUCAGACAUUAUUCAGCGACAAUUUACCAUCCUGUUGGCACCUGCAAAAUGGGACCUUCUUGGGAUCCAGACGCCGUUGUUGAUCCCCAACUCAGGGUUUAUGGGAUCACGGGGCUUCGAGUCAUCGAUGCGUCGAUCAUGCCCACUCUGGUCAGUGGAAACACCAAUGCCCCAGCUAUUAUGAUUGGUGAGAAGGGGGCUGAUAUGAUUAAGGAGUUCUGGAUGAGUCGAAGGAGGAGGACUUUUGGGCAUAAGUGAUUCGAGGAGGUUUCUUUUGGCUUCUAGCAAGACUGAACACUCUUCGAGGAGUUAUGUGAUGACGUUGAUCGUUGUAAUUUCACUGUAAUUAUACUGUACAUUCUCAUGAUUUUUUACGAUUUUUCAUGUUUUAUACUUGUUUUUGUAACAUGUGGAGUGAUGUAAAUACGAAAGAAAUGAGGGUUGCGCAUGUCAUUGCGUAAUUAAUAAAAAUAUUGUUGAUAAUUGGAAGAGGUGGGCUUGGUUGAUUAAAUAAGGAAAUGAACGAUGAACUUGACUAUCUUCAUCAGUGGUGUAAUUAAUAAAAUAGUUAUUACAAAGAAA